AUGUCACUGGUCUCAGUAUCGACAACAAUGUUUCGGCGUGCUCUCCUCGGCACCCGGUUGGCUAGACCGACGGCCGAGUGCCACCGAACCUUCAAACCGGCGUUCGCAUCCAGGAGUGUAUCCAGUUCUGCUCGAUUGUCCACCCUCACAGCGUCCGAGACUCGUCGCCGACCAACGGUCCAACCAUACCAGCAGCCUGUGGCCCAGUCUCGGGUCAACGGCCUGUCUCCAACGACCAAGCGCACGAUUUUCAUCCAGACUGAGAAUACCCCCAACCCAGAUCUCACAUUUGGUUUCUUCGACUCCUUCCAGGCCUUGAAAUUCAUCCCCAACCACCCCGUCCUCCCCGAGGAUUUUCCGACUACCUUCCUGGAGUACCUCUCCCCUCGGUCGACGUUGGCACCUCCGCAUCCGUCUCCCUUAGCCGCUAAACUGCUUGAUGUCGAAGGUGUCACAUCUGUCUUCUACGGGUCAGACUUUAUUACCGUGACCAAGGCCAGCGAUGCGCAGUGGGCGCACAUUAAGCCCGAGGUUUUCAGCAUCAUCACCCAGGCCGUGACUUCGGGUGAGACCAUCGUGACGACCGUCGAGAGUGCUGGCGCAGAUGCUGCGCAGGAAGGUGGCGGUGAGGAGUCGUUGGUGUAUGAUGAGGAGGACGAUGAGGUUGUCGGGAUGAUCAAAGAGCUCCUGGAGACGCGCAUCCGGCCUGCCAUCCAGGAAGACGGCGGUGAUAUUGAGCUGCGUGGUUUUGAGAAUGGCAUUGUCCUGCUCAAGCUGCGCGGCGCCUGUCGUACCUGCGAUUCCAGCACCGUGACUCUCAAGAAUGGGAUCGAGUCGAUGCUGAUGCACUAUAUCGAGGAAGUCAAGGGCGUGGAACAGGUCAUGGACCAGGAAGAAGAGAUCUCCAUGCACGAAUUCGCCCGGUUCGAGCAGAAGUUGCGCCAACAGAAAGGGCCGGAGGCCACUGCCGGAAGUCCAUUGGACAGUGCCCCGUAA